GUUGAUACUUGUUAACAGAUUAUGUAUUUAUUUGUAGGUUUUGGGUUCUUUGUGUUGACUAAAGGUUGCGCAAUUGUAACUCUAUCUAUUGGAGAAAGAAGUUUCAAAAUGGAUAGAAAUUGGAUGAGUGCGAAUAGAUUAUCAGCGGAGUAUAGUGAAGGAGUUGACCAUUUCUUGGACUUUUGUCAGAAGAAUGCUAAAAAUACUAAAUUGGUUCUUUGUCCUUGUCUUAAAUGUGGUAACAUGGAGCGUGUGGACAUUGCUAGUAUAAAGGAGCAUUUAUUUAGGAACGGAAUAGACAAGAGUUAUAAGGUUUGGGUUUACCACGGGGAAAAGAAUAGAGUUCCGGGCGAGGGAACGUCUAAGUCUAACAAGGUUAAGGGUGUUAAUUUGGAGUAUGAGGAUGAUCACAUUCCAAAAAUGAUCGGAGAUGCACAAUAUGAAUUAAAUGUCGAUCCUUUGAAAUUUCAAAGUUUUGUAGAGGAUGCCGAGAAGCCUAUUUACCCUAAUUGUAAUAGGUUUACUAAGUUGUCGACACUUAUUAGAUUAUACAACAUAAAAGCCAAACACGGGUGGAGUGAUAAGAGCUUUUCGGAUUUACUAGCUUUCCUAGUAGAGUUAUUACCGGAAGGUAAUGUGGUGCCUUCAUCUUUUUAUGAGGCGAAGAAGACACUUUCUUCGUUAGGCAUGCAAUAUGAAAAAAUACAUGCAUGUCCUAACGACGACCUGAUCGACCUACCCAGUGGAUUCAUCCAGCCAAGUACGCAGACGGUGGCGUACUUGGAUUCAGGCAACGACGACAUCCCGGAUGAUUUGAACUUUAUUAUAUCCACAUCGUUCACAAUGUAUAACCGAAUGGUACGACGACCUGAUCGACCUACCCAGUGGAUGACUCCUAUUUGUCCUCAACAACCCGAUGACAAAUAG